CGAGCCUCAAUUUCUGGGGCCUAACCCUCGCGUCGUACGCGCUCAUGCUCGCCCUUCCUCGCAAGUGGAGCGGUUAUGGCGUGCUCUUCGGCUCCUUCACCUACCUCACCUACUGUCACAUAAGCAACCUGGGAGCGGACGUGUGGAGGCAGGGAGGCGUGGACUUCACGGGCACGCUCAUGGUGUUCACGCUUAAGAUCUCUGGGUGCGCCAUGGACUACCAGGACGGCGCGCUGCCGGAGGACAAGGCGCAGCACCGCAUGUACAGCAACAGGCUGGCGCGGCUGCCGUCGGUGGUGGAGUUUUUGUCGUUCGUGUUCUUCCCAGGCGCCGCCCUCGUGGGACCCGUGUUCAACCUGAAGCAGUACCAGGCGUAUGCUUCCGGGCAAGGGCUAUGGUCGCCCUCUGGGGCCGUGGUGCCAAGCAAGGCAGCUGACGCCAGCAAGGGGGAGGAGGGGCAGCAGGCGGAGAACGGAAAGGGGGAGGCGGACAGGGCGCAGGGCGAGAAGGUGUGCGAGGGGAAGGGCGAGAGGAAGCUGCGAAAGAUGCCGGAGCCGCUGCCGUAUGCAGCGCAGGCGCUGGGGAAGGCGAUCAUCUGCCUGGCGAUGCACCACUUCCUCUCUCAGCACUUCGGCCCCGCCCUGCUCUUCCAGCCCCGCUUCCUCACCUACGGGCUUGCAUACAAGUGGGGCUACCCGGUAAUCGCAAGUAUCUGCCUUCCAUACUCAGGUCAGGUGGCUUAUGAGUUGACUGGAAAAUCCUCUUCCAUCUCCCCUCACAUCACAUCACAGGUGGUUCUGCCUGGUGAUGGCGGGUGGGGCUGCCUGGUGAUUGCGGGUAUCGGCUUCCGCUGCUCCUACUACUUCAUCUGGAGUGUGGCGGAGGCCGCAUUGAUCCUCUCUGGAUUCGGCUUCUCUGGCUGGACCGACUCCUCGCGUCCAGACUGGAGCCGGGCAGAGAACGCCAAUUUCAUCAAGUGUGAGAUCACCACGAGUAUGGCGCAGACGACUGCCUACUGGAACAUGGGCGUCGGCACGUGGCUCCGCACCUACGUGUACGACCGGGUGACUCCUCGCUCGGGCAAGCCCACCAUGUGGGCGCUCGUUUUCAGAAGCACGUAUUUCUCCCAUCCGACAGAUUGCUCAUCCUCCAACCUGCCCACCUCCCCACUCCCCCCUGCUUCCCCUCCCUCAGACGUGUACGACCGGGUGACUCCUCGCUCGGGCAACCCCACCAUGUGGGCGCUCGUUUUCAAAAGCACGUCUUUCUCCCAUCCGACAGAUUGCUCAUCCUCCAACCUGCCCACCUCCCCACUCCCCCCUGCUUCCCCUCCCUCAGACGUGUACGACCGGGUGACACCUCGCUCGGGCAAGCCCACCAUGUGGACGCUCGUUUUCACUCAAGUCGUCUCCGCGCUCUGGCAUGGCCUUCAACCAGGCUACUACCUCUUCUUUGUCAAUGGUGCCAUCGGCCAACACACCUCCAAGCGUGUGUUUCCUCGCCUCACUGCCAUUGCCUCUUUGAGAUGCACAACAUUGGCAUUCCGGCACACGGCAGCAGCAUUCCCGGAGCCAUCGGUAGCAGUGAAGGCCAUCCUGGACGUGCUGCAAGCCGCGUUCAAGAUGCUCAUCGUCAACUACUCCUUCGCUGGCUUCCUGGUGCUGCAAGCGGGGCAAGCUGUAGUGCCUCCCUCUCCCAUCCGCUCCUUUCCUGUGCUGCAAGCGGGGCAGACCAUCGCAGUGUGGCGGUCACUCUUCUUCAUGGGAACGAUCGUUCCCAUCCUGCUCAACGUGCUGCUCUCCGUCAUUCCCACUCGCUCCCGACGCCACCGCAAGAAGGCCGAGUGA